UGCUAACUCACAACGAUGACAGUACAGUAGAGUUAUUUCAACCGCUGAAACGUACGGAACAUUGCGCGAACAAUAGCAGAGCUCGUUUUAACCGAGAGGGUUUUAACUCGCAAACAAAGCGCCGUUGUCGUGUUAUAGGGAAUCGCGUUUUUUUUCCAUACACUCGUUCUUGUUUUAUGGCUUUGUUCAGGCAGAGCCACCGUAAAAAAAAACAUUCACAAUAAGAACAAAUUGGGUUUUAUUAGCAGCAACGGGUUAACUAACUAACAAAAAAGUGCAAAGAGAAAAAGUGAAUAAAAAAAAACAAAAUAAACGUAGAGCAAAUGAAAGAAAACGCGAGUAAACCGAUUUUAUGUAAACUUUAUAAGUUAAAAAAUAGAAAAUAAUUGCAAAGUGGUCAUAAUUGUAGUGCUUUAAAUGUUAUUAAGUGUAUAGAAUAGUUAGAAAAUUCAUUACCAUUUGGUUUUGUUUAGUCCAAACUGCUACAAAAGUGUUUAGCUUAUCAAUAUAAAAAUAAAUUACCCAAUUAGCCAGGGCUUAAUUGAAGUUGUGAUCUACUAUGCCAUAGAAAGCAGCCAAUGUUAACAAAUCAUGGAUUAAAUGGGAUUUAAUGUUCUGUAAUCAAGUCAACCCUGCAUAAACAUACCAACAACCAUUACAACUACAACAACACAUUUUGAGUGAAUGUCUGCCAUCGAUAGUAAAUCGAAUUAAGACUACUAAAAUACAGCAAAAAAAAAAGGAAAUACAAUAACACCAACAACAACAACUAUAAUAGUCCAGAAAUAGCAAUCACAGUAUAUCUCACUCUCACGAAAUUGAGAAUAUUCAAAUAACACAAACAACUACAACCAUCUGUGAGGCAAAUAAGCCAUACCAGCAGCAACAACGAUUCAUAAUAGCAAGUCCAUAGUGUCGUUCAUACAGCUAAAUACCACAACAUUUGGAUAUAUGAAAAUGACAACCAAAUAGUUGAUUUUUUUUAUUUGUAAGAAAAAUCAAAAAAAUUUAUAAAGCCCCUGCAUUUCAUCAAUAGCCCAAAUUUCGAAGAUCAGCCGGCCUAUGAGACACAAUAUCUUUGAAACGGUUUCCCUUACGGCUUCUCUGUCUUUAAUGGAAUUACAAUCAAAUAAAGCAAUAAAAAUCAAUCAAACACUUGUACAUAAAUUGAUAAUUGCAAACAAAUCAAUGCAAAUUUAUCAAUAAAUCAAUUUAAUCAGAAUUGGAAUUGAACUGCGUGGAGAGCCACAAUCAAACAAACAAACACCAACCCAUACAUCAAUCGAUCGGAAUGUUUAAAACCAAUACCAUAAUACAACGGGGACAAUAACAAUAACAAUAGCUAAUUGUGAUAUUAAAUAAUACUUGAGAAAAAAACCCCCUCCUGCACUCUAAUUAUCUCUCAUGUUACCUAAGCACUCUUACUCUCUUUGCCCAUGAAGUGAGAGUAAAUACUCACCCAUACACCGCAUAUAGUUGUGUAUGCUGUAUUCUAUACACAUUGGCGCUGGCGGUCACCAUAUGUUUACAUGGUUGAAUGGUGACGCUUUACAUUCGAUUUAAAUUGUAACGGUCGUUGUGGGAAAUUCUCUCACGUAUCAGUAGUGUAAACGAAGGAUAAAAAGCAACGGUGUGUAAAACGCAAUACAAGGCUACUACAUACAGACAACCCUUAACAGCAGUAGAAAACCAACAACAGAGAGGAAGGCAGAGAGAGAGAGAGAGUGCCAAACAAAACAUUAGUCAUCGUAAAAGAAAUAUCGGCUGCGUCUACGAGCCACAAUUAUUAACAGUCCGUGAUGGGUAACACAUCGUCACACACGCAUGAACCUCUGGAGAGGGGCAACUUUCAAAGAGGAAAAUUUGGUGAUGUCGCCAAUGGGAAAUCCGCUUCAUUCCGUUUUAGUAAAAAAUCCCCCAAGAAAAUGGAUCGUUUGCGACGAUCCUUUCGUGAUUCGUUUAGGCGGCGAAAGGAUCGUGUACCGGAAUCCUCUAAGCCCCAUCAAUGGCAGGCCGAUGAAGAAGCCGUACGCACUGCCACCUGUUCGUUUGGUGUUAAAUAUCUGGGAUGCGUGGAAGUUUUUGAAUCGCGCGGUAUGCAAGUUUGCGAGGAAGCCCUCAAAGUUUUACGGAACUCUCGUCGUCGUCCGGUUCGCGGUUUACUACAUGUCAGUGGCGAUGGCUUGCGCGUUGUUGAUGACGAAACCAAGGGCCUUAUUGUCGAUCAAACCAUUGAGAAGGUCAGUUUUUGUGCUCCGGAUCGCAAUCAUGAGCGUGGCUUCAGCUACAUCUGUCGCGAUGGCACAACACGUCGUUGGAUGUGUCAUGGCUUUUUGGCCGUCAAGGAUUCCGGUGAACGUCUCUCCCAUGCUGUGGGUUGUGCCUUUGCCGUGUGUCUGGAGCGCAAACAGAAACGCGAUAAGGAGUGUGGCGUCACUAUGACCUUUGACACAAAGAAUAAUACAUUCACAAGGACGGGCUCAUUUCGGCAACAGACUAUGACCGAGCGCAUGGUGAACAACGAACGUGGCAUUGAUACUCCAUCGGCUUUGAUACAGCCCCAGCCGAAACCCUUUAAUCCCUUUGCCAUUGAGAGACCUCAUGCCACACCCUCAAUGUUGGAGCGUCAGGGCUCAUUCCGGGCUUUUAGCACAAUUGGUACACAAUCACCCUUUAAGCGCCAGAUGUCAUUGCGUAUCAACGAUCUUCCGUCCAACGCUGAGCGUCAAAAAGCUUUUAUGGCUGCUGCUUCAGGUCUUAGCCUGGGCUUGAACACACCCAACCGCAGUGUGUCACCUAUACCAGAAGUCUCACCGGCUAGGCCCGGAGCUUUGGAGCUGGAAAAUGGAGGCGUAGCCACUGCGGAAACCGUCAGUCAGCUGUGCCAAGAGCUCAGCCAGGGUCUAACCCUGCUGUCACAAAAUGAUGCGGUGCUAGCAGCAUCGACCAUGGGCGGUGCUGCCGAUGAUCUCAACUUUAACAAUAACUUGAGCAUUAAUCAGAAUAUCAUAGCUGCUGAGAAGCACUAUCAGAAAGUAAUCUCCUCACCCAGCAGUACCAGUAGUUUUGGUAUUGUAACGCCCACGGCAAAAAUACAGCCACGCGUUGCUAGCGGUUCGCCAGCAGUUUUGAAUACGCCACCUCAGACGCCGAGCAAUACACCAACGCUUCCAACGAGUGCGGAAAAGACUAGCCUGGCGGAAGCCACACUGCCCAAAGCUGACCAGUGGUUGGGUCAGGUGGUGAAGAGCACCUCGCCAGCACCCCACAAGCGGGGGCCCAUGCUGGCGGCGGGUGGGCGCACUCAGUCUAUGAGCUCAGUGCCGGGCCUCAAUGAUCCCUUCGAUGCAGAAUGGGUGGCAGGUGUAACCAAGCCACUGUCGCCAGAUAUGCCCACAGCUGUGGGACUGGGAACAACGCUGCCCACCACAGCCACACCUCUACAUAGUACUAAUCCCUUUAUAUCGCCUCCAAAACCACCAACACAAUCAUUCCAAGUGCAACUUUAAGAAUGCCACACACACACACACACACACCGAAACAGAUGUUAGAGAACCAUUAGUUGGCGCCCAACCAGCAAAAAAGCGGGAGUAGACAAGUCGACAUGCAAUGCAAUGAAACACAGAGGGAGAGCAUGAUGCUGGGGCGGGAAGAAGUGUGGUGUUGGACACGAAACACUUAAAAAAAACAACAACAACAACAAAAAAACUAUAUGUUACGAUUAUUUUACUAAGCAUUAAAUCAAUGGAAAUGAAACUGAGAGGAAUGAAUGAAAUGCCUCAAUAACACAGAGAGAGCAUAGAGUGAAUGCUUAAGAGAGAGAGAGAGCGAAAGAGAGAGAAAGAGCGUAAAUGCAAAGUGCAGCGCAGUGAACGUAGUUAGCAACAUACGUAGCAUGUAGUACAUAAUGUGUAGUUAGUCUAGUUGAUAGUGCAGUGGGAGUUCGAACCCUGGGCAAAUUUGUUACUUAAUUAUGGCUUAAUUGAUGUUACUUACAUUUCUAUAGAAAUUUAAUUCCUAUACAAGCAAACUUAAAAAAACAAAACUACAAAACACUCAGAAACACAGUUAACAUUUAAAAAAAUAAUCAAAAACUGUGCAAAGGCGGACUUGGAAAAAAGAAAACAAUAGAGAAAAUGUAAAGAAAUCUACUAAGGGGGCUAUCCAGUAGCCAUCUAAGGACGUUGAUAUUCUUUAAGAAUAUGAAAUAUUAAACAGAUGGAGAUAAGCUAUUUCAAAUAUUUAAUAACGACCAAUAAAUAAUUUCAUCAGUUGACUAAUUAAAUGACUUGUUCGUUACAAUUAAAUGUUGAGAGGCCAACUUUUAAGCCCACUUAGCUUUCUUUCUUCUU